UAAUGAUAGGUAUGUCGCUUGACGACGCUUGAAAAAUUUGAGAAAAGUUGCCCGAAACUUUUUCAACUCCUCAACAACAGCAUUAGCUGACUCAAGCUCACAAGAGUAUCAUUUACUCUCAUUAGAGAUUGAUUGACAAAAAUUUCAGUUUAAGGAAACAAAUACAAAAAGACUGUUUGCUUUGAACGCCGUCAAUAAUCUGAAUUACACAAAAAAGCCGGCCAAAACGUCAAAAUGUUUAAACAAGUUCGCUCGCGUUUGAGUCUUUCGCACAAGGAGCCGUUGGAAAUCGUGUUCGACCCUCCCAGCCAAUUCACGGAUUUGAAUGGGGCAGCCAUGGACUUCCAGCACAAUCUUCCAAGACCAGAGGAGCAACCGGUAUUUUCGACACGGGCCCAUGUAUUCCAGAUUGAUCCUGCAACGAAAAAGAGCUGGCUACCGUGUUCCAAGCAGGCGGUAACUGUAUCAUUUUACUAUGAUCCUAACCAAGGAACACACCGAAUCAUAUCUGUUGAUGGCACGAAGGCAAUUAUCAACAGUACUGUAUUAGCAAACAUGACAUUUACUAAGACAUCACAGAAGUUUGGUCAGUGGUCAGAUCCCAGGGCAAACACUGUGUUUGGAUUAGGAUUUCCAUCAGAAGCUGAACUCAACAAGUUUGCAGAGAAGUUUAAAGAAGCUAAGGGUGGCACAAAAACAGUUGUGAGCAACAACAGUGGAAACUCCAAUUCUCCUGCAGCACCUGUUAAUGCCAUUACUACUAAUGGCACUUCAAGUGGAUCAGUAAAUGGAACAACUGAGUCCCCUCACAGUACACCUGGUGCUGGUCACAAAUCUCCAUCACUAAAAAGUAACUCAUCUGCGAGCAGUGGUGAGGAUGAAUCAAAAGAAUCAUCUGGGAUCAGUCAUAAACUGAUUGGAAAUACCGAAUCUCAAUUGAAAUAUGAAAAUGAUAGAUUGAAGAUGGCCCUUGCUCAGAGUUCAACCAAUGCUAAAAAAUGGGAGACAGAGCUGACAACAUUGAAGAAUAACAAUGCAAGGUUAACAGCAGCACUUCAGGAAAGCACAACUAAUGUUGAAGAGUGGAAAAAGCAGCUGAAUGCCUACAAGGAAGAAAAUGGUAAACUCAGGAAAAAGGUCCAUGAAUUAGAAUCUUCUGACCAAGUAAGUGAGAAAUAUAAUUCCCUGACACAAGAGAAACUCACCCUGGAUGGCCGUGUGAUUCAACUUGAGAGCAUGGUCAGACAGAAGGACGAGGAAAUCACCUCUCUGAGACAAGCAAAUGCAGAACUCACAAACCAGAACCAGACAUUGCAGCUUGAUAUUGAAAGACUGCAGUUAAAAACAGCAGAGAUGAGCUCGCGCUUGAAUGAGACAGCUUUGAAUGAAACACGUGUAAAAGAGCUAACUGAAUUGCAGCAAGAGCUUGCUUACAAAGCUGAGGAGAUUAAUGCUCUCAGCACACGACUUGCAGCAAGCCUGGAGAUGACACCUCCUUUAGCAGAAAGUUGAAUUGUAAUUGAGUGAAUUUCUAGCUUUUUACAGCUUUAGCUUUCAGCUGCUAAACAGCAAAAUAAUUUAUUUAUAGAAUAAUAAUAAUCAAAUGAUUAGUAGGUGAUCAGCUCUUUAAAUUGCUGGAGUGUGGCAUAUAACUUUAGUUAACCUGGAAUUCUCAUUUAACAGCUGUACCACACAGUAGUGGUUGAUUCCUGUUAUACAAGGUUUCAUUAUGAAGUAAAAUGUUCACUAUUGUGUGAGGUUUCAGUAGUUAAGUAAUUUCGAAGCUGUUAUCUGGAGUAUUUAGAUGUUAUAUUCAACACAAAGAUUUAAAAGAUGCUUCAAAAUAGCAGUAGAACCUUUUCUUUUUUGUAAUCAAUUUUUUCUUUUUAGGCUAGAGGUAAAAGUUUUUUUUGAAUUGAAUUGUAUUAAUGUACAAAUCUGUGUAUAUUGAUACUGUAAGUAACAAUAGUACAUCGCCUAAUGGUGACAUUUAAACCAGUGUGUGAUUUCAUUAGGGUCAAAUUUUUUACUAAAAUGAUGACAAGAGAGAACUUGUAAAAAAAAAGUCAUCUGAGUACUUCAAAUAAAAUUCAGUAGUGGGUAACUGAUGGAGAUACUUAGCUUUACACCAUUACCUAAAGUAAACAGUAUCAAUGAAAAUUGCACUGCUCCUUGCCUUUACAUGGGUUAUUAUUACUUAGAAUUACAGGGCUAGGGUCCUAGGGGCCAAUGGAAAGAAAAACAAAAAGGGUGGAUGAGAGAGCCCCCAAAAAACAACUGCUGCAAACUGCAGCAAAUGCAGAGUAGUAGAAUAAAUCUGAAGCUGAGCCUGUUGCCAUGAACCUGGCUAACUUGUCAUUGAACUAAAUCUACUGCUGAUAGUAAGGGGGAGGGAUCAUCAUGUUGUCUCUUCCACCUCUGUGGCCAUUCAUAGUUUUGGAAAGGGAAUAGAGGAGGUGAUAUCAGGAGAAAUUGGUUGCAAAAUACAAAUUUAAAACUAAUCAGCCCUCGAAUCAAAGCUGUCCAUAAGUACAGCAGAAUUUUGUGCUUUCAAUGACCCAAAGUAACAAAGAGUAUUUCUUCUCCCCCAUGGAUGGGAGGGUAGUCCAUCUCAAAAUACCCCCCCCCCCUCCCUAUUUUCUCAGUAUUUGCUUACACUUUGGCAGUAACCAUUAAUACUCCUGGGUGUAGAGAGAGGCACUGUGAGAAUAAAGUAUCUUGCUCAAGAAAAGAACACAAUGACCCUUCCAAUUAGAGUUUCGAACCUGCAUUUCUUGAUAUGAAGUCCUGUGCAAAAGCAUUUAGGUGUCUUGGGUCUUCCACAAAAUAAAAAUUUAAGGGAAGUUUUAUUAUGUUGCAAGUGGAUUGUUUAUUUCUGAAUCAAUAAAUUCUAAGUCAAUUAAUCUUCCAUCAAUUCAAGUCUUAAAUAAGGUUUGCAGUCAACAUCCAAUUACUUUAUAUUCUUGACUGAUGAAGUUCUUCUGUAAUCAACUAACUAUUAACAACACUAGUGAU